UGCGCACGUGGAUUGGAAGCACAGAAUCGCAAGAGAUUUCCCACUUCUUCAUUGGAGGGGAUGGAGGCAGCGCAGGGGGCCAAGGAGACGUCUCUGUGACUGUGAGGAACGUCAUGCUGUACAACCGCCCGUUGACUUCUUCUGGCCCCGAUGCCGAAGUGGAAAAAGAUGUUGCGUCACCAGCAGAAGCUGUUUCUCGUGCCAAAACAGGGGACGAAAUAAAAACGGAGGGGAAGCCUGCCACCACACAGCAAGUGCCGACGGCCCCGGGGUCCCAUGCCGUUGGAGAAGCAGCGGGCAAUGCCGGCACUGUGCGUGGGAGCGGACUGCUGCCGCUGCUCCUUCUGUUGGGACUGUGGGUGUUUGCGGCUCUGUGA